AUGUCCGGCAAUGGAGAGUACGGAUUUGAAGAGUGCCUUCAGCAGGAGUGGAGGAGAGUGCUCGGGGAAGAGUCGACCGUGAGCUACGGUGAGUACCUUGCUGUGAUGGUCCGAGCCGGCAAAGAGGAGCGGUUGUUUCGCAAGGAGUUUGCCACCUACCCGGACCAGUACAUGGACAAGGAGCUUUUCACUGCAACUUUGAGCAAGAUGAAGCUCGUGUUGGACCGGGAAACGACGGCAGACCUCUUGGAUCCGGAGAAGGCGACGGAGCUCGUGGAUCAGGACAAAUCCAGGAACUGCGGCCUGGGCUUUGUACCAGAAGCUGCGAACCUAGGUUCUACUUUCACCUCAUUGGACUUCGCAGCGAUCCUGCACGAGGCAAGGAGGGAAGAGCUUCACAACAAGUUUCACAGCACUGAAGCGGCAAAGAUGCCGCCCCUUGGAAACAAGGGGCUCAAGAUGCUCUUGGUCCUGGUGUGCCCGAAGUUCGUCGCGGAGAAGGGCUUGAACAACGAAUCCAAGUGUGGCAAACUGCUGGAGUCGAUGUUCGUCAGCGUCCUGGAUGAAAAGCUCUUUUCGUUGGCAUGGCUGCUGUACGAGAUAACCGCCGAGGUUCAGGAAGUGUGGAACCUGCAGUAUGUGAACAUGACCACCAUCCAGCUCGCCAUGAUCAACUUUUGCCGGAUGCAUUUGCUGGGCUGGAUGGCCCCAACACAGAAUCGUGAUCAGGAAACUGGAUCUGGACUGAGAACGUGGUUGCUGGAGCAGUUUGCCUGGGGGCACUUGAGCACAAUGCAGAUUCAGAAAAUAGCCGAACUUGCAGUAUUGGAUGCAAGGAGUUCGAGGAUCAAGGAUUUGGACGAGAUUGGUCAGGCCAACAACCUCAACAGGGACAUCAUGAGACUGGUGAAGAACAUGCCUCGCUUGGAAUUGGGAACUAGAUUCACCCUGCGAAAGGACAAGUCUCAAGACAUUCGGACGGACCAGGAGGAGCAGGAACAGGAUCACGCCUAUGCAGUUUCCUUGCCGCAUGAGGUUUUUGCUGGCAUCUGGGAAAAGUAUCCGAAUGUCUUCAAGAAGUGUUAUUCAGAGAAGCUCGGGACAUGGAACGUGGAAGAGCUUCGGACUUAA